AUGGAUAACAUAAAUUUAAAUGUUGAUGUAGGAGAAAUUGCAGAAACGGAACAAAUAAAAUAUACGAUUAAUGAUUCUUAAAAAGAAUUAAUAUUAAAAUUGCAUACUGAAUACUAAAUUCCAUUAAUUGCAACAAUUUUUGUAGUAAUUUAUAAGGAUUGUCAAACCAUAGAAUCAGCAAAUGAACUCUACAAAAAUAUUGUCCCAAGCGAUCAUGAUUUUAUCUAAUAUAAUGAGAGUAAGGACUGUGCUAUUUGUACAUAAUAAGAUAGUUCACAUCAGGUUUACCAUUUAAAUUAUUCUACUUUGAUUAAAAUGGCAGACGAAUUGCAAAUUAAAAAUACUACUAAAAUUACUUGUACUAUUUGUUUUGAAGGGAAGGCAGAAGAAAAUAUAACUCGUUUUAACAAUAAGAUGCAUAACAUUUGUGAAUAAUGUUUCACAAUGAAUUUAAUUACACAAAUUUAGAGCGGUCGUGUCCAAGAUCUAAAGUGUCCUCAUUGCAAUGAAUUAUUAAGUGAUGAAAUUAUUUUGAAGUAUGCUCAAGAAGUCAAAUAAAAAUAUCUCAAAUUUAAAAAUAAUAUUUCAGUAGCAACAAGCACUGAUAGAAUGUGGUGUCCGAAUAAUCAAUGCUUAAAAAUAGUUAUUUUUCAAACAUCUAGCAAUUUUGAAAAAUGUACAUUUUGUCAAACUGAAUUUUGCAAAAUUUGUAGACAGAAAUCACAUCCUGACAUAAAUUGCAAUGAGAACUUGAAAUAGUUUAUUGGAAUACCUUAAAAUAAUGAAAGACUAGUUCAAUGUCCAAGAUGUAAGUUUUUAAUCGAAAAAAUUGAUGGAUGUAGUUAAAUCACAUGUUCUUAUUGUAAAUGCUAAUGGUGUUGGGGAUGUUGCAAGGAAAUAACAUUUUUACAUCCUUUCUACUGUCCUCAUUUUAUGCCUUGCUAUGAUGAAAAAGUAUUUUGGACCAAAUUUCUAUUAAUAUUUUGGUACUUUUACCUACUUCUUUGUUUAUUCUUCGUUGGAUUAUUUUUUGGAUAAAUUUUGCUAUUUUAAUGCAUGCAGGAAGCUAGAAUAUAUAUGAAUGCAAAAUGUUGGCUACAAGUGGUUCUCAAUAUAUUAGUUGGCAUCGUAGGAAUCAUAAUAUUACCCUUAACCACAGCUAUAUAUUUAGUUAGUAUCAUCCCAUUGUGCAUUGGAUGUAUAAUACUUGAUUGGCAUGAUGGAUAGACUUUAAAAAAAUAAAGAUAAACCUCAAAUGUUUAAUAAGUUGAGCCUUGA